AUGGGCUCCGUUGGCAGCCAAGCUAUCUUGCACAAAUGGCCAGAAAAGGCUAUUUCUGUUUUGACCAGCGGCGCCGUUGACGACGAUUGCACCAUCCCGGUCAGGGCUCCUCGUGAGGAUGAUCCUGGACAGGUACUGGGGGAUAAAUGGGCAGCACAAGUCGGAAAAGCAGUGUACGAGCUACACAGAAUCAGCGGUGUUUGGGGCGAUGCUAACCCUGAUGACGUUCUGAUGGACGAAGAAAAUAACGCCUGGAUAACAAAUUUCGACGAUGGUUACACGCAUGGCUGGCUUGAUGCUGAUAAGGGCGGGAACAGUGGCAGGAGAUAUGAAAGGCCUAAAGCGGAUAACGGCAUUCAUAUUUGA